AUGAAAAUCGAUAGUGGAAAUGGCAUUGAGCUUAGCUGUACGGAUCGUCGAGCGUAUCGAGAUUUUGAACUACAAAAUGGGAUGAAAGUAAUGGUUAUUUCUGCUUACGGUGAUGAUGGUGAUACUUUAUCAGCAGCUGCACUGUGCAUUAGAGUUGGCUCGUUCUCUGAUCCAUAUGAAGCUCAAGGAUUGUCACAUCUUUUAGAGUAUAUGCUUUUCCAUGGAGAUUCACCAAAUUCAGAGGUAAAAUGUUUUCAUGACUACAUUCAUGAACGUAAUGGCUAUUGGGAUUCGAAGACAUCGAAUGAACAUACACUUUUCUACUUCAGUAUUCCUAAUAAAUACUUUGAUGAAGCUUUAAGUCUAUUUGCAUUGUAUUUCAUUAAUCCUAUAUUGAAAAGAGAUAUCAUGAGGAAAGCAAUUGAAAAAUUAGAUAUGGAAUUUCAAAAGCUCAAAACAAGAGAUUAUGCAAAACUGCGUGGUUUCAUAUCAAGUCUAGCAAUCAAAGGCUCCCCAUAUCGUUUGUUUGGCCGAGGAAAUAAGGUUUCCUUGAUCACAGAACCUGAGAAAAAUAAUGUGGAUGUUUACGCGUUACUGAAGAAACAUUUGGCUAAUUUAUACUCUGCACACAGGAUGACAUUGGCUGUACAGUCAAAAGAUGCAUUGAAUACACUGGAACGUAUAGUUCGAGAGAAAUUUUCUAAUAUUCCUACAAACCGAUCUAUCAAGUUGGACCUCACAAGAUAUGCCAACAGUUUUGAUACACCGGAAUUUCUGAAACUGUAUCAUGUUGAUAGUACUCGAAACAAAGAACAACUACGUAUGGUUUGGGCUAUUCCCAGUGUCUAUUCAAUGUACAAAUCGAACCCGGUUGCUGUUCUUGCCUACUUCCUUAGUGAUAAACAUCCUUAUGGUCUUGAAAACUACCUCAAAAACAAUCAUUUAGCAACCGAGGUGAAAUGUGAAUUUUCAGCAAUGUCAGAUUUCGAUAAUUCAACAAUAUGCGCUUUAAUUACAAUCUGCAUUGAUUUGAAUGGUACAAGAAAUGAUUUAUUAAAGAUUACAAAACUUGUUUAUGAAUACUUACGAUUCCUUUCAAAUAAAGCGCAUGAAGCUUACUUGAAUAACAAGAAUCUCAAUGAAAGUAAUAAUAAUAAUAAUAUAAGUGAAGUUCAACAAGUCAUGAAUUCAAAUGUAAAGUCAUCAUUCGAUUCAUGUGUAAGAGAUCUUCUAUUAACUCAGAAAGAAGCAUUUCUACGUCGUAAAACAUUUGGACCACAAGAAACUGUGAUAUGGAUAGCUAAUAUGCUGCAUUAUACAUUACCCCAAGAUGUUCAUUCAGCGUAUUUAGUGAUAAAAAAACCUGAUUUUCAGGUCUAUUCAGAAUUUCUGGAUACUUUGUCAAAACAACAAGCUUGUCUUAUUCACAGCUCAAAGAUAAAUUCCUUACUUAAUAAAAGUAUUCGUGUUGAAAAGUGGUAUAACCUACAAUACACACAAGAAGAAAUUUCAACGAAACACAUUGGUUGUACUGACAACUCAAAUGUCACAGUUCCCUUCUCGCUUCCUCUAAAAAUCAAUGCAAGCGCACAUGAUUAUACAUUUGUAUCAUCAGAAAAUGGUAUACAAACACCUGUAAAUCUUAUCACAGAAUUCAAAGGUACUAUGUAUGAAGGAUAUGGUUCUCUAUGGUAUCAGCAAAUUAAUAAUGAGUCUACAACUGAAGUCUACAUUUACACUCAAAUUUCAUCUGGAAUGAAACUUGACAGUCCUUUGAAAGCAUGUUUAUCUCGAUUACUACAGAUGAGCAUAAAACUUCGCUCUUUAGAUUCUCAGAAUGUUUCAGUCAAACCUGGAGUAAAGUGUUCAGUUAAAACGAAUCUAAAUGGACCAGAAUUCAUAGUAAAAGGAUCGUAUGAAAGCAUUGAUGUCUUGUACAAGCAGUUGCUGGGAAAUACAACUGUUGAUUUCAGUAAAGAGCACUUCACUCAAUGCAAAAAACACUUGACAGAAGAAUUAUUGUCACAGUUAUCUAAUCCAGAUCUAUGUGCUGAUAAUCUAAAUUCAAGUUUAUGGGAUCCAAAUGAUUAUGCUACAAAAUGUUUACUACAAUCACUUUCAUGUAUAUCCAUAGCUGAUUUGAUGGCAUUCCAAAGUAAAUAUUUCUACCAAUUGGAAAUUGUUAUGUAUAUUGUUGGUGAUGUAACAGAUAAUUUAGCCAAAGAGUUAUUCACCUUUACUGUCGAAUUCUUCAAAUGUCAUCCAAAACCCGAUGGAAUGAAAACAAUCAAACAUAUAUCACUUCGUCCAGGAGUUUAUUGUCAUUCCGUAACAAGUGUAUCAAUGCCUGAAAAAGUUUAUCAACUUAUUCACUAUGAAAGAAUUGAGAAUGCCUCAUCAACAGAUGAAAUUUAUUGUAGGAUAAUAAAAGAAUUACUCAAAACACAUGCACAACAAUACUUUCAGAAUUAUGAAUCAAUUAAUGGUCAAGUUUCUCUAGAUUUCUAUAAGUUAGGAUCAUGUUCAUUGAAUCAAAUAAUGGGCACUCGAUUGUCUUUAAUCAGCCAAUCAUUUAAGUAUGAUACAGAUUAUUUGAUAAACUGUGUGAAUAUAUUUUGGCAGCAAAUUGCAGUAAGAGUAAUUGCUUGUACUGAUCACAAGAAUCUCGAACUAAUUUGUGAUGCAAUAAACUUGGAAGAUGUAGUCUAUACCAGUAACGUUGAAAAUCUGUCACAAUACUACUGGAAUAAAAUAAAAUCCAAUCAAAAUGGAAUAAAAGGAGAAAGUGAGACAUUCACUGGAAGGAAUGAGAAGAUUAACAAGAAAGAAGUAAAUCGUGACAAGUUACUGGAAUAUUUCUCCACGCACUACUUGAAUCCUAACAGACAGAUAUCAAUAUUCAUAGAUUUUAGCAACUCAGAGUUGAACGACUACGAUGAAUCAAUGAACAUUAAUAAAACAAAUAUUGCCAAUUUCAAUGCAAAUCUAAACUCUUACCUUAAAGAUGAAGAUCUUACAAAUAUACCACAAGGAUAUGCUGAACAAUUGAUAAAUAAGAUAGAUGAAUCGAAUUUGAAACAAGUCACUCGAAAAAUCAAGCAUAUUGAAUCAUUUCGACUGAGAAACAAAAAUCUUUAG